AUGGAAGAAGAUGUCGGGGCCGAUUCUGCCGACUUAUCACUGUCCCAGCCAGAACUUUUCACCCCACUAUGGGGAGACAGUGGGUCGCAUUACAACGAUAAGCUUCUUAUCCAGCCUAUCGAAACGACUACGCAAUAUGGUAGCACAGGGGUCGAGUUCACCGCCUUCGACUCGGGGAGAAGAAGUCCCUACGAACGAUACUCACUGGACUUGCUGUGCGCCAAUCAGGCUAUCCGGCAUGUCUCGCAUCUUAUCAAUGUCUACAUGUCCCCCGUAACGAGGGACUACCCGCUGUCUUCCAAGUCAUGCCACAUGUAUAGUCUUAACACGGUCUCGUAUCACACCUCUCGUAUCACUCUAUCUCUCCCCCGUCUCUGUGCGAUUUACACGUCCCGGGCUUGGUACGGAGAUGGUGGUCUCAUGCGUCAGACCAUCCUGCAAAAUGCAGAAGGAUGUGCACCAGUGUGCAUGACGCAGGGAGCUCAGUCUUCUGUUAAUGAGCUCUGGCACCCCUCUACCAUCCACGUCGAUCUACACGACGAGAAGGCAGCGUGUAUGAGAAGUGUCUAUGAACUUCGGCGCUGCGGGACGUCUCAUCGAUCCAUAAACCUCCGUCGAUAUUCGGAGUUCCUCCUUGGGGACAGUCGCGAUGAAUUAUGUCUGUUGUCUGAGGAGAAGCAUGUGUCGGCCGCGCUAGCAUAA